AUGGCUCUCUCAGAGCUUUACACCAAGUAUAACAGAGUGUGGAUCCCUGAUGCCGAGGAUGUUUGGAAGUCUGCAGAGAUUUUGAAAGAUUAUAAACCAGGAGAUAAUGUUUUAGAUCUCCAACUCGAAGAUGGCACCAGUAUUGUCUACCCCCUGGAAGCAGGGGGUAAGCAGUUGCCACCCCUCCGUAACCCAGACAUCCUGGUGGGAGAGAAUGACCUCACUGCUCUCAGUUACCUCCAUGAGCCAGCCGUCCUCCACAACCUCAAAGUGCGGUUUGUGGAGUCCAAAAUCAUUUAUACAUACUGUGGCAUUAUUCUGGUAGCAGUAAACCCUUACAAACAGCUGCCCAUCUACGGAGAUGCCGUCAUACAUGCCUACUCGGGGCAGAACAUGGGUGACCUGGAUCCUCACAUAUUUGCAGUGGCAGAAGAAGCUUAUAAACAGAUGGCAAGGAAUAACAAGAACCAGUCCAUAAUAGUGAGUGGGGAAUCUGGAGCAGGGAAGACUGUGUCUGCUCGUUACGCUAUGAGGUAUUUUGCUAUGGUCAGCAAAUCUGGCAGCCAAACACGAGUGGAAGACAAGGUGCUGGCAUCUAACCCAAUAACUGAGGCAAUUGGUAAUGCAAAAACCACCAGAAAUGACAACAGCAGCCGCUUUGGAAAGUAUACUGAGAUCAGCUUUGAUAGGAAAUACCAGAUUAUUGGGGCCAAUAUGAGGACGUACCUUCUGGAAAAGUCCAGAGUAGUGUUCCAGUCAGAAAACGAGAGAAACUAUCAUAUAUUCUACCAGAUGUGUGCCUGUGCCAACCAGUCUGAAUUCAAGAGCUUAAACUUAAAGAGUGCGAAUGAGUUCAGGUACACCUGCAUGGGCGGGCAGACGCAGAUCGACGGUGUGGAUGACAGAGCUGACAUGGCGGAGACACGCAGGACCUUCACACUGUUGGGGUUAAAAGAGGACUUCCAGUCAGAUGUGUUUAAGGUUUUGGCUGCCAUUCUACACUUGGGAAAUGUGGAGGUCAAAAGCGUCAGCACAGACAAGUCGGCUGUUAGCUCCUCUGAUGCACACCUGAGAGUGUUCUGUACUCUGCUGGCGGUCAGUGCUGAGGACAUGUCUCGCUGGCUGUGCCAUCGGCGGAUCGUCGUGGCAGCGGAGACUGUGGUCAAACCCGUGCCCGCGGAGCGUGCCGUUAAUGCUCGGGAUGCCCUGGCCAAGCACAUCUACGCCCACCUGUUUGACUGCAUCAUCCGCAGGAUCAACUCUGCCCUGCAGAUCCCUGGAAAACAGCACUCCUUCAUCGGAGUCCUGGAUAUCUAUGGGUUUGAGACAUUUGAAGUGAACAGUUUUGAACAGUUCUGCAUCAACUAUGCUAAUGAGAAGCUGCAGCAGCAGUUUAAUCUGCAUGUGUUUAAACUGGAGCAAGAGGAAUACAUGAAAGAGGACAUCCCAUGGACACUCAUUGAUUUCUAUGACAACCAGCCUGUUAUUGACCUCAUUGAAGCAAAGAUGGGAAUUUUGGAUUUGCUUGAUGAGGAGUGUCUGUUCCCUCAGGGCACAGAUCAGAACUGGCUGCAGAAACUGUACAAUUACCUUGGCUCAAAGCCACUGUUUGAAAAGCCCAGAUUAUCAAAUGAGGCUUUUGUUAUUCAGCAUUUUGCAGACAAGGUAGAGUAUCAGUGUAAAGGGUUCCUGGAGAAGAAUAGAGACACUCUAUAUGAGGAACUGGUUGACAUCAUGAAAGCUAGCAAGUUUCCUUUCUUAGCAGACUUCUUUCAGGAGAAAGAACAGAAUUCCAUGAUCAAGGGCAUUAAAGUGAGACCAGCUCGCCCUGGAGUGAAACAAUCAAACAAACAGCUGAGGACCACUGUGGGAGACAAGUUUCGCAGUUCUCUGUACCUACUGAUGGAAACGCUUAAUGCCACGACACCUCAUUACGUUCGCUGUAUUAAACCCAAUGAGGAGAAGCUGCCAUUUGAGUAUGACUCCAAACGUGUGGUCCAGCAGCUUCGGGCCUGUGGCGUGUUAGAAACCAUCCGCAUUAGCGCUCAGAGCUACCCCUCUAGGUGGACAUAUAUUGAGUUCUACAGUCGCUAUAGUAUACUGAUGACCCAGUCAGAGCUGUCAAUCAACGACAAGAAACAAACGUGUAAGACAGUGCUGCAGAGACUUAUUCCUGACUCUGACCAGUACAAAUUUGGGCGGACCAAGAUCUUCUUCCGGGCGGGUCAGGUGGCAUACCUAGAAAAAUUGCGUUUGGACCGUCUGCGGGGGGCCUGUGUGACCAUCCAGAAGCAUGUGAGGGGCUGGCUUCAGAGACGCAGGUUCCAGCGCAUGAGACAGGCUGCCAUCAUCCUCCAACAGUAUAUCCGUGGCAAGAGAGAGAUCAGACGAAUGGUGACUGCAGCAAUGCUGAAGCAGGUGUGGGCAGCUGUGGUCAUACAGCGUUACUGCCGUGGUUUCCUUGUCAGACGGCUUUACCAUCACCUCUGCGCUGCCACGGUGACAAUCCAGGCCUUCAUCCGAGGCUGGCUUGCCCGAAAACGCUAUAAAAAGAUGGUAGUGGAACACAAGGCCUUGGUUCUGCAGAAGUACGCUCGGGCCUGGUUGGCCAGACGUCGGUUCCAGACAAUGCGCCGUCUUGUGUUGAAUGUUCAGCUGUCCUACAGGGUGCAACAGCUAAGGAAGAAGCUGGAGGAACAGAGUAAAGAGAGCCGUGGCUUGAUGGAGAGAUUGACAGGCCUUGCCAGCGCACAUGCUCAGGGAGUGGACAGAGUACAGGCACUAGAGACGGAACUAAGCAAAGCAGCCAAUGAGAGGGCAUCUUUAGAGAAGCAGGAAAAGAGGAGUAAAGAGGAGACUGAUCAGGUUAUCAGUCAGCUACAGACCCAGAAAGAGAACCUGAGUAAAGAGAAGAAAACUCUUGAACUCAAAAUGAAAGAAUCGGCCCAAAAAAUGAAAGAAAACUUUGAUGAGAUCACGAACAAACUUAAAGAAGACUUGGAAAGAGAGCAAAGGCUGAGAAAGGUGGCGGAGAACAAUAUGGAGCUGCAGAAGGAAGACUAUGAGAAGGAGAUGACAGUUCUGAAAGAGGAGAACCGCAGACUGAGAGAGGAGAAGAUUCGACUUCAGACCCAGAUAAAGGAUGACGAGCAGGUCAACAGUGAUCUACAGGAGCAGGUCGUCCAGCUCACAAAACAUGUCAAAGUAAUACCAGAGUUACGAAAGGACAUUGCCAGUCUUCAGGGUCAGAAGAAUGAGAUGGACAGAAAGCUGAAGGAACAGACACAGCAGACAAGAGCUAAAAUGAGUCAGAUCACAAAACAGCUUCUUGGCAACACCAAUGACGAGGAGACCAUUUUGAGAUUGAAUAAAGAGGCCUCAGAGAAUGAAGAUGAGGAGGAAGAUCUCCUGCUGGUAUUUGAAGGCCUUCAGAAAGCCACAAGGGUUAUGGAGACCCACCUGAAGGAGCAGAGGGAGGGUUUUGAGAGUCAAGUGGAGACUCUGACCUUCAAGGUGGAGCACCUGCAGCAUGAGAAUGAGCAGCUACAGAAACUCUUCCAGGAAAAAAGUGAUGUGAACCACAACAUCGGCAGGGAGGUGGCACGACUCAACGCUGAAAACAUGGUGAUCCCAGAGCUUAGACAGCAGAUAACUGAACUGAACAGGCAGAAGUUGGACCUUGACUCUCAGCUGAAAGAGAAAAAGAGAGAAAUGACAGAAAAAAUUGAAACGGUUUCAAUUGAACUUCAAAAUAAACUUGAGGACGAAAGUUCCCAGCGAAGGCUGUUUGAAGAGGAGAGUCUGACAUAUAAGAGGGAUAAAGAAGAGAAGGAGAUGAAGAUAGCAGAACUUGAGGAGGAGAAUGAGCAGCUGAAGAGGCAACAGCAGAGUGAAAUGGAGGCUAAGAACAAACUGAGACAGGAGACCUCACGCCUCACUGCAGAGAACAUGGACUUUGAGGAACAACUUGAUAUGAAGGAAAGACUGAUAAAGAAACUCCAAGACCAAAUCAAAGCACUUCAGGCACCUCAGAGGGCCAAUCAAAAAGCGACUCCAGUGAUUCCUAAAGAGUAUCUGGGGAUGCUAGAGUAUAAGAGAGAAGAUGAACCCAGACUGAUCCAGAAUCUCAUCCUUGAGCUGAAGCCGCGGGGUGUGGUGGUGAACAUGAUCCCCGGCCUGGCUGCCCACCUCCUGUUCAUGUGCGUCCGACACGCCGACUACCUCAACGAUGAAACUAAGCUAAAGUCUCUCAUGUGCUCCAUCAUCAGCGGCAUCAAGAAGAUCAUCAAAGAUCACAAGCAGAAUUUCGAGAUGCUGUCUUUCUGGCUCUCCAACACGUACCACCUGCUCAACUGUCUGAAGCAGUACAGUGGAGAGGAGGAAUUUAUGAAGCACAAUAGUGCUCGGCAAAACAAGAACUGCCUACAGAACUUUGAUCUUUCUGAAUACAGACAGAUCUUCAGUGACCUUGCCAUCCGCUUUUAUAACCAGUUCAUCUCUGUCAUGGAGGAUGAACUCAGACCUGUCAUAGUCUCGGGCAUGUUGGAACAUGAGAGCCUGCAGGGUAUCUCCAGUAUGAAGCCCACUGGACUGCGAAAGCGUUCCAGCAGCAUAUAUGAGUCCGACAGUGCUGAGCUCCACAGCAUCAGCUCCAUUCUACAGCGUCUCAGCACCUUCUACAGCAUCAUGACCCAGCACGGCAUGGAACCACAGCUGGUGGGCCAGAGUGUUCGCCAGCUCUUCUACCUGGUGGGAGCUACAGCACUGAACAGUAUACUGCUGCGGAAGGACCUCUGCUCCUGUCGCAAGGGCAUGCAGAUUAGGUGUAACAUCAGUUACUUGGAGGAGUGGCUGAGGGAGAAGGGUUUACAGAACUGUGCUGCCAUGGAAACACUCCAGCCGCUGUCUCAGGUGGCCUGGCUCCUCCAGGUCAGUAAGAGCACGGACGAUGACGCUGCUGAGAUCCAGAGGAGCUGCCCUGAACUCUCCCCAGUACAGAUUGUAAAGAUACUGCAGUCAUACACUCCCAUUGAUGACUUUGAAAAACGAGUUCCGGCUGCUUUUGUCCGCAAGGUGCAGGGGCUACUUCAGGAUCGGGAGGGAUCAUCCCAGCUGAUGAUGGACACAGAGUAUCGCUUCCAGGUCACCUUUCCCUUCAGCCCUUCCCCUCAUGCCCUGGAGCAGCUUCAGGUCCCCAGUAGCCUCAGACUGGGUUUCCUCACCAGGAUAUAG